AUGCCGGAAAUAAACAAUUCAUUUUACAAGGAAUUGGAGGGAAUUGCGGUGCAUGGUGUUGGAGGUGGCGGAGGUGGCACAGGUGGCACAGGUGGCGCAGGUGGUGGAGGUGGAUUUUAUUCCAGUGGUGCAGGAAACGGAGAUAGCGGUGGUAAGGGCUUUCUUCAGGGCGGAUCGGGUGGACAACUUUCGUCCAGUUCUCAAUUGGCGGGGUCUGGUGGAUUUGGCGGUGGGGGUGGCGGGGGUGGUGGGGUUCAGUCACAUUCAUGGGGUAGGGGAGGUGGUGGUGGGGGUUACUCCGGUGGAAGGGGUGGAAAGUAUUCCUGUGGUGGUGGGGGAGGAUCUUAUAAUGUCGGGAGAAAUCAACGAAAUAACUUGCAUAACUGGACAUCUUCUAGUCAUGGUAUGGUAGAUAUUACGUUUUUGGGGAAUCAUUGA